ACAUAAAUCAUCGUACAUCUUGACCUACAUACCAACCCCUAUUCCAUCAACUCUUCUUGAAGUAAGGAUUCCUCUAAUUUUUCUCUAUCUCGGAAAUCCAGAAUGCCUAUCGGUCCUACCCUUCCGCCGCACCUGGCUCGCCUUGCUGCUGCCUCCUCCCGAUCUCCCUCGGCAUCUCCACCACCGGGACCUUCAGUCCCUGCAGGCCCUGCGUUACCUGUAGAUAAAGAUGAAGAGGACGACUAUGUUCCUGCUUUACCUCCUCACUUGUUAGCAGCACGACAAGCAAGAGCCUCUUCAAGUGGUGUAGAGAAGAAGGCGGCCGGCCCCAGUAUAGGCCCAUCCGUCGGUCCGUCCAUCGGCCCUGGCCUUCCUAUUGCGGAACCUGCUCGACCCUCCUCCGUUAGUGGUCCAUCAUUUCUAGGAGAUGAUGACUCUGAUGAUGAAGUAAUUGGUCCUGUUCCUGUUCCCACCGCAGGCGAAGAAGAAGAUGAAGCGCAAGCAGCGGUGAGAGAAUUUUUGGAGCGAGAGGAAAGGAGAAGGAAGCAAGCGGAAGAAAAGGAUAAACCAAAGGCCCUUCAAAGAGAAGAGUGGAUGUUGGUCCCCCCUACUAGCGGCGUUUUAUCCAAUGUCGACCCUCUGAAGAAACGAGCAACCACAUUCUCCCGAUCUACCGCACAGCAAGAAACAGAUAGUUCCGUUUGGACAGAAACUCCUGCGGAGAAGGCUCAACGCAUUGCCGAUGAAGUCGCUGGAGUGAAGCGGAAGAAGGACAAGGCUGGCGAUAGGAUUUUGACGUUUGAAGAAGAGGAGGAAGAUCGAAGAAAAAGAAGGAGAGAUAUGGAAAUCAAGCAAGAACUUCAUAAAUAUAACCGCGGUCCUUCAUUGCUAAACCAGCAUACAGAAAAGGUAGCUAAGAAGAAGAAAAACGGCGACGACGACGAUGCGCCUGCUAUCUGGGAUCAUGACAGAGAUAUGGGUAUCACUGGCAGAUUAUUAACUGAUCAAGAGAGAAGCAGGAAAAUAAAAGAAGCUCGGGGUUUAGGUGACAGAUUCGGACAUGGGAAGGGCGGUGCUUAUCAAAUCUAGAAAGAAUGACAUGCACUUUCACCAGUCUCGUCAUUUGCGUCCCUUACAUUUCUUUGGUUUUCUCGCAUAUCGCACAAAGAUCGUAUGGACUUGUCAUGCGAAAGUUGAGAGACGGAGACGGGCAUGAUAUACCUAACUGUCGACUGGCCAAGAUGAUUUUUCCAUCUUGCCCCAAAUCGGUAUUUCGAGACGCAUACCCAUAUACUUCUAUGCUGGGAAUUCUAUUCGACCAAUGCGUUCUAAGGAGAGAUAUCAGUAAAAGCUCAUGCUCACCUGCAACCCACUAGAGCAAAGCCUCCAAGCUUUCGCGAUGGCUUCUCCUGCAUUUUUCCUUGCUUCUCAUAUGCAUGCUGCCCCUACUUUAGGACAUCAAAGUCAUAUGGCUCAAUGUUAUGAAAUGCAAUCUGAUUU